AUGAAGUUAAUCGAAUUUGUUUCUUCAAUUUUAUUUGCUAAUUUUACAUGCUUAUCUUUAGUUUAAAACUAAUAUGGCUUUUCGAUUCCAAAUAUAUCAUUAUUUUUGCUUGGUUUAUGGAUUUAAUCACCUUUAUUAUUGUAUUACUUGAUAAAAACAUAUCUAAAGUAUUCUCUUGCAUACAUUUUAUUGAAAAAGUGUUAAGUAUUUCAUUUAAAGUAAAUGUGCAAUUUCAUAAGAUCACAAUAGUUAUUCAUUUUGAAGUUAAAUAGAUUAAUUUAUAUUACAUUCCAGCUAUGUAAAUAAUUAUAUCUAUUGGAUUGUUUCUUCAUUAAGUUUUAUAAAAAGAUUAAAACAAAAGAAAGCAUCUCAUUGUAUGAUCAUUUAUUUAUUUAGAUUGCUCAUUCCUAUUCAAUUCUUUAUAUCAUUUAAUUGUUAUUAUUAUCUCUAAAAUGGAAUUAAGUUUUUAUUUACUCAUAUUAUUAAACCUUUAUCAUUACUUGGACAGCCCUAGGGAUUAAUAUAUUUUUAAUUAUUUUACUACUUAUCUCUUUAGUAGAAAACUGUUUUAUUAAAGACAUGCCUGAAAUUAAUGGUAAUCUAUUAUGAUAUUAAGGAUCAAUCAUUCUCUGGUUAAUCUAUUAUAUUUUUGGAUUAACAAUUAUCCCAUUCUUUCUUUUAAAAGAAAUAUGCUAAUUUUAUGAAAAAGAUACUAUCUAAAUUAAUAUAAGAAUAGCUGGCAUUACUGUCUUGAUUUCUAUCAUUCUAUACCUGAUCUCAUUUAUUUUCUUUACCAAUAAAGUCAGAAAAUAAUUGAUGUAUUUUACUGAUAAUAAUAUAAUAGAAUAGUUUUAUAGUUAGAAAAUAGAUAAACUCGAAUUUAAAUACCAAAAUCUCCAUAAAUUGAUGUACCAAAAAAGAAAUGGAUUAAACUCAAAAUUCCAAUCAUGUUUAUUCGAGUUUCGGCUUCAUUUUAUAAAUUAGUAUCAAAGAAAACUAUAAAUGAAAUAAACAAUAGAAAUAUUAGUUCAAUUCCAAUUUGCAGUGAUGUUUUAAGACCAGAUUCCCUUAAUUUUAAAUAAUCUCCUUGUUUAACAAUGAUGAAAUAAAUAAAAUCUAUUUAAAAAGAUUAAGAUUCCUGUGAUAUUUGUUUAAUAUGCUUUGAAAAUGAACCAGAUGUUAUUUUACAUCCUUGUAAUCAUGGAGGUAUUUGUACAAAUUGCUCUGAAAAUAUUAUGAAAACAACAAAGUAAUGCUUCUUAUGUAGAACAGAAAUCAAAUACACUUUAAAAUUAAAUUAAAAAGUUGGAGAAAUCUUAGAAGUCACAGAUGUUUAAAAGGUUUGA